AUGGGAACCCUGGUGCAGCUGUCUGUUGACCGGGGCCGGUCCUCCUCCCGGGUCCGCCUGAGUAACAAGGAGAAGGAGUCCGCCCGGCAGUGUUUCCUCUUCUCCCAACACCUCAUCAUCACAACCAGAGGGUCGGGAGGCAAGCUGUACCUCAGCAAAGUGCGCAAGGGCGGGGCGAGGAUCUCUCUCAUGGACGCCGCUCUCACGGAGGACAUCACCGAGGCUUCGGAUGAAGAAAGCACAGACUCCACCAUCACGACCAGCGAGAAUGAGUCCCUGGCCUUCAAACUGACGGUGGAGAGUAAGCAGGGUCCUCCGGCCGUGUACGUACUGAUGGCAGCAACCACACAGGAGAAGGCAGCCUGGUGCAGCGAUAUCAGCCAGUGCAUCGACAACAUCCACUACCACGGUCUGUUGAACAGCGCUACAGAAGACGUGUCGUCAGUCCUCAUGCCGCAAAACAUCAGAACCGACGCCCGCCUGUUUAAUGAUGACGUGGACAUCCGCUUCAGUAGAACGCUCAACUCCUGUAAGGUGCCCCAGAUAAGAUACGCCACGGUGGAGAGGCUUCUGGAGCGACUGACCGAUCUGCGCUUCCUCAGCAUAGACUUCCUCAACACCUUCCUGUACACGUACCGGGUCUUCACGUCUGGCAGCGUGGUGCUGGAGGCUCUCAUACGGGUCUACCGAGCGCCGGAGACAUGUCUCUGUCAGCACAACAGUACCCUGGAGCAGUCCGGAGGCCAUCUGCAGGCCGACAUGGGCUCCCCUCCCAUCCCUGAGGUCCACACGGCCACCAAGAGAGUUCGCUCCCACUCCACCACCACUCUGCCCACCAUCCUGUCGGAGGACAGGGGAGACAACGGCCGCUCCUUCGAGUCAAACGAGCACAUCAGACGGCAUCCGCUCAGAAGAAGCUUCAGAAGAAAUAAAUGCGAAGGAGACCAGCAGAUUACAGAAGACAACAGGAAAGAAGAGUCUACCCAGGAGCGACUUGGGACGCCGAUCCACCACCGGCCCUCCUCCCCGGCCCUGCCCGUUCCCUGCCGCCGCCGAUCAGCAUAA